GUUUUGCUGCAGUGAACGGUAGCUGUGGAGAGAGGAAAAGGCAAGAAAAACAAGAAGACAGCGGAGGGCGGAACGAGAAACAAGACAGAUCCACUGGGACCAGCAGGCAUAGACGGGUCCGACACUCUAGAACCUACGGAGCCAACGGGCAUCACGAGGAGCGCAUAUAUUGCCAGGGCUUCGGUGAGCUUCUUCACGUCUCCGGGCAUCGACAGGACUAUUCGUUUUAACGUACAGACAGCGUCACAGUAUGACAUUCCAGCGGUCCGCUCUCAGGGCGCUCGUGGCCUUGACGAUGCUUCUCGCAACUUCGGUUCGAAGCAACAAUGAGAAGGAUGAGAUGCAUUUCCAGCCAGUGACCCAAGAUGAGACAGUGGCAGUGGGAGGAACAGUUACUCUGACCUGCAGCGUGAAGGAAAACGAUAACUCCUCCCUCCAGUGGUCAAACACGGCACAGCAGACCCUGUACUUCGGAGAGAAGAGAGCACUUAAAGAUAACCGUAUCCAGUUGGUAAAGUCCACAGCCACAGAGCUGAUAAUCAGCAUUGCAGAUGUUCAGCUGUCAGAUGAUGGAGAUUACACCUGUUCCAUCUUUACCAUGCCUGUACGGAUUGCACGGGCCACCGUUACUGUACUUGGUGUUCCAAGUAAGCCAGUGAUAACAGGCUUUGAAGAUGCUGUUCAGGAGGGCAGCAAAGUUACUCUCACCUGUACGAGUUCAGGCAGCAAACCUCCUGCUAAACUACGCUGGUACCGCGAUCAUGAAGAGCUACAAGGCCGUCCUGAUGUAGUGGAAUCCAACCCUGAUGAACCGACCUACACAGUAACCAGCGAGCUCACCCUCUCUGUCACCAGAAAUGAUAACAACGCCCUGAUCGCCUGUGCGGUCGAUCACCCAUCCAUCGCCAUUGGAGACAAGCAGACAGAGCAGCCACUCAGCGUCUUGUUUUCUCCAAGUGUGUGGAUUCAGCCUGAGAGUGACCUGCCCAGAGAAGGGGAGAAGUUUUACUUGCAGUGUGUGGGAAACGGAAACCCAGAACCGACUGCAUUCGAGUGGGAAAAGAAAGACGGAGAGCUCCACCCACUGGUGAAGGUGGACGGUGCGUUCUUGCGCUUCAAAUCCCUCAACAAGUCGGAUAAUGGCAUUUAUCGGUGCCUGGCUGAUAAUGGGAUCGACAGGGGGGAUGGAUCCUACACCCUCCUGGUGCAAGACCAGAGAGAUCCAGAACUCCUCCUCCUCACCUCUCCUCCUUUUCUCCCUUCAUCCUCUCUUACUCCUACAUCUCCUCCUCAUCCCUCUGUUUCACCCUCUACUGAGGGUAAAACUCUUCCUCCUUUCUCCUCUUCCACUUCUGUACCUACUGUAUCUACUCAAUCUAUCUCUUCCACGCUCGCUCCUUCACCCACUAUCUCUCCCUCUCUCCCUCCUUCUCCUGAAAUUCCCACCACCUCCCUAUCCAAUGCUCUCUUCCCUGAUCUCUCUCUUCCGCCCUCCUCUGUUCCUGCUCGCACACCUUUGUCACCCCCCUCAUCACCUCCUGUCACUCCUUCAUCUUUCUACAAGCUGAAUGGAGUGUACACCUUUACAGAAGCCGGAGAGAAUGCUGCAGACCCCACAGCGAUGUCCACCUCCUCAGGAGUAGACCAUGCUGUGAUUGGUGGAGUGGUCGCUGUCAUUGUCUUCAUCAUGCUUUGUCUCCUCAUCGUCCUCGGCAGAUACCUAAUCAGACACAAAGGUACAUACCUGACCCAUGAGGCGAAAGGUUCUGAUGACGCUCCUGAUGCAGACACAGCCAUCAUUAACGCUGAGGGUGGCCACUCCGGGGUAGACGACAAGAAAGAGUACUUCAUCUAGAGAUCCAUCCCUCUGUACCCUCUCCUUUCACAUGCUUCAGUUCACUCAGCCUGAUGGGGAUGGCAGAAGAAAGAGGGAAUAUGUGAGAGGAAAAAAACAAAACAAAGUGUUGACCUGUUGGAACUGAAGAACCUCAAAUAAGCUUCAACACGAAAGACAGGGAAGUGAGAGUUAUGCACUGACGUGUGGGCUAAUUUUUUCUCUCUCUCUCGCUCUCUCUCUCUCUCUCUCUCUCUCUCUCUCUCUCUCUCUCACACACACACACACACACACACACACUCGCCAUGCCUGCAUUACCAUAAUCACACAUGAGCAAACACACAAGACAAACCUAAAACAAUAAAAUAAAGAUUCACAAAGGCAAUAUGACAGUGACCACUCCUCGCUCAACUCCAAUGAUUCCCUUCAAACGGUCCAGAUCAAACACACAAGCACUGUGGCACAUGCAAACAGUGACAUACAUGCAUGAACUUUCUGCACCCAAAACCGCUGAAACACACACCAUGAAAAACAAGCGACUAAAAUCAAAGACAAAAUCGAAUCAAGCAAUUCUACCCUGCAAUAUCACAGACAGACUCAAACAUGCACACACUCACAUAUCACCCCAAUGUUAUGCUAUAAUACACUCACUUGCCACUAUACACACUCAUGCACACACACACCUAAAAUACUAAAUACAUGCAAACUACAGUAUUACACUACUAACAGAAUAACCAGGCAAAAACAGCAGCCCUGCAGUCAUUUUAUAUUGUACCCCAAUAUAAAAUUAUAAAUAUAUAUAUGAUUAUAUAGCAUCGGUUUUACUCAGUGUGCUGUAAAUAUACCUUCCCUCUCUCUCUCUCUCUCUCUCUCUCUCUCUCUCUCUCCCUCUCUCUCUCUCUCUCCUCUGUUUCUCUAACUUCACUGUCUGAUAUUGCGGUAUAUACUCUCUGAGCCUGCCUGGUUUUCUUACAUGCGUGGAAAUGCCGAGUUAUAAAAAAAAAUGAUCUGGACUAUAGAAAAAAAAAACAUGGUGUUAUGAAAACUUAAGUAAUAUUUGUAUGAAUUAUGUUCUCUUCAAGUUAAUUUCUGGUGUUUACUAUUGGUGCAACAGUCUAGUGUCAUCAGCUCAUCAGCCUGGGAAGAUAUUAUUAUUAGUAUUAGUAUUAUUAUUAUUAUGAGGUUCCACCUUUGUUAUUAGAAUGCACUGAUUUUCCUUGUAUCAGUUCCAGUGAUUAGCUCACUCACACCACCUUCAGGAAGGAAUCGGUUUUGUUCUUCAGUAGCAGAUAAUUCAGAAAAGCAGGGUAAAACAAACCAGACUACUGCUCUUCAUCUCUCUCUCUCUCUCUCUCUCUCUCUCUCUCUCUGUCUGUCUGAUCAGCCCUCCAUAUUUGCAUGUCUUUUCUGUAUUUUCUGUCUCUUUUGUUCUUCGCUGCUGCUCCUCUCUGCCCCUAAAGAUCUAGAUUUUUCCAGAUUUGUACCAUCAAUGGCCAUAGGCCAUUGUGGUUUUGGAGUAGGCUUGAGUUGCUUACAUCAUGCAUUAAACAGAGGCAAACUUAUCUGGUAUUAAAAAUCAAUGAGUCAUUCAUGUUUAAUGACAAAUUUGAAGUAUUUAAUCUGUCAUGUAUAAAUUAGACAGCAUGGAGGAGAUCCAGCUGGCUGUUUCUUAAUCAGGUGCCUCUGGUCUCUCUAUCACUCAUUCCUUUUGUAAAGUUAUUUACUUGAAGGAGAGGGAGCUGUGGCCUAGUGGUUAGUGCACAUGUAACAUAUUGAGCUAUGGUGCUCAUGUGAGCAACUCACAUUUGAAUCUGAUAUUUCCCCAUCCCGUUUUCCUCCUAUCUGACCAAAAAUAAAACUAUAUUUACAAGAGGAGAGGAUUGUUUCUUUAGAAAUGUGACUAAGAAGCAGAGGAAUAUUUGCUUAUUAGGAAAUCAAGUAGACAUGGAAAUGGCCAAGUGAAGCAGACAUUACAAUUCUACAUCUGAUUCUGCACAAUAUAUGAAAGUUCUGUUCGCCAUGCGUUUUAGGUCAACAUGUUUUUGUUUGCGUGGGUGUCAGGGUUGAUUGCCAUUGCAACAAUCAUUUAGAACGUGUAUAGGUCACCAAUAAGAGGCAACUGACCAAUUAAAACCAAAACCCGUCCUCUGCCUUUAGACUCCCUCCACAUACCUCAUUAAUGCCCGCAGACAAUGAAUUUCUAAGAUAAGCAGUUACAAUCGUCUGCCACAAGAUGGCGUUAAUGCCCCACACAGCUUUCACUCUCUCUCUCUGUCCUUUUCAAGCAGUAGAACUUCCAGUUAGUGAUAAAUAUUUUUUUAAAUUAUGUUGUUUACUUUUAUUCUGCUGUAGAUGUGUAUACUGUUGUUUGUAAUCUUAUGUUCCAUUCUGUUUUUUGUUUUUUUUCUUAAUUUUGUAUGAGUAGAUGUCUUAGACUGAAAGGUGCAGAUAAUAGUUUCCAUGUCUUUUUUUUUGUUUUGUUUUGUUUUGUUUGAUAAUUGUAAUUUUUUUUUUUUAAACAAGUUCAUGUAAUUAGUGUUGCCUUGAAAAUGUUUUAACAUGCACUUAACUGAGCACAGACACUGGCACACGAAUGUAUGCAUCCAUGUGUCUGUGUGUGUGGAAGACCCUCACGCCGGCCCACCAAACAGAUGCAGGAAACACUAAAAGUAUUAUUUAGUUUAAUGGAGUUAUGUUAGAUUAAUUUUUGAAUGACAAGUCUUCCUUUUGCAUAAGUAUUCAUAUCAUGUGGAGCUAUUCUGUCAUGUAUGUUGGUUUGUAUUAUGGCCGAUGAUGUCAUCUAAAUGGGACUAAACUCUGAGGUCAUCAUCAUUGUUGGUUCCAUUUGUUUGAUGGUCUGUUUAGACAGUAUUCGCUUUUUGUUAAAAAAAAAAAUCCCUUGUUAACUUCAAAAUAAAUAUACAUUUGGGUUAACCUUA